GUCCAGUUAUGUUCUUUAUCGUAGGUUUAGGCCUCGGUGACUGUAAGGACAUUACAGUGAAGGGCCUGGAAAUAGUCAAGAAGUGCGAGCGCGUUUAUUUGGAAGCUUACACUUCUGUCUUAACAUGUGGGGCAGAGGCUUUGGAGGAGUUCUAUGGGCGCAAGUUGAUCAUAGCUGACCGGGACCUAGUGGAACAGGGGGCUGAUGACAUUCUCGAAGGGGCCGAUAAGUCGGAUAUUGCUCUCCUGGUGGUUGGGGACCCGUUUGGGGCCACGACCCACACCGAUUUGGUGUUGAGGGCCAAACAGAAGGAUAUUGGGGUGGAAGUGGUACAUAAUGCCUCAAUUUUAAAUGCUGUGGGGUGUUGUGGUUUACAAUUGUACAGUUUUGGGGAGACUGUCUCCAUUCCGUACUGGACGAAAACGUGGCAGCCUGACAGUUUUUUUGAUAAGGUAGAGCUAAAUUACAGGAAUAAAUUACAUACUUUGUGUCUACUGGACAUAAAAGUUAAAGAACCAACUUUGGAAAGUUUGACCAAAAAGAAGAAGGAAUUUAUGCCUCCACGUUUUAUGUCCGUGGCGGAAGCGGCUCAACAGUUGGCGCAAAUAUUGGAAAAAAGGAAAUCUGAGGAUAAUAUUUUGGUUUCUGGAGCAAGUUUGUGUGUAGGUUUAGCCCGAGUUGGUUCAAAGACUCAAAAAAUUAUCGCUUGUAGUCUUCAACAAAUGUGCUCAAUUGAUAUAGGUGGUCCUCUACAUUCUCUAAUUAUUACAAGUCCUGAAUUACACCCUCUUGAAGUUGAAUAUUUGGAACAAUUCAGAAUAAAUAAAUAAGCAAAUCA